GUGUCCUUUUCCACCACACCAUCCUCACUGCUUGAUUAUUCCGUCUCGUUAUCCGCAUCAAUAUAAUUGCACUUCCGGACCAUAACACGCCCCUCUUUGGGCAUCAAAACGUCCACGCUAUGCCUUUUCCUGUUAUGUCAUCUAAUAUAACUAGUUAGUUACCUAACGAUUACGGAGUAAGUGUCGAAAUACUUGAAUUGACCACGUGAUAUAGAAUAAUAGUGGGGUCUAUCUUAUGAGGUCCCAUCUGCCCCUCAAUGCAUUCUUCCAAGCGACGACUGACCUUAUAUUAUCUUACAGCGCUCCUUUACCCUCAGCACGUCGUCCGUCUACGAUCUUUCGUUUUUGCAAAUUCGCUGCCCUAUGUCUAUCUACACUGUGAGCGAAAAUGCUCGCAAUGAGUUGGCUAAGGUUGUGGAAUGGUUCAAUACGGCUAAGGUUGAGCCUCGAACCCGCUCCUCGUCAAUAUGUACAGAUAAAGAUCGGUUUCAAAUAUGUGGCCCUCUGUUGAAAGAGCUGGGACUUCACGAAGAGGGAAACGGCUAUGCACUUCUACGACUAUAUGGAGACGUUACAAUCGAAAAGGAUCCUGGUGUUGAUACUCUGUUCUUCCCAUUUGGGCUUGUGAAAGUCGCGGGGGAGGGGCUACAACUUGGGAACUAUAUGCGGUUUAAGGAAACGAAAUAUUUUAACGCCAGCGUGGACUGCCUCAUUGUUACUGUUCCUCAGACAACAUCAUGAACGAGAUGUGUUAAACAAA